AUGAUUUCUCCCAACGGCCAUAUUUUUCUCAUUGCUGGCCAUGUCUCCCUCACAGGCCUUCUCUACGGCCUGGACACUGGUUCGAUCGGUGUCAUCACUCAGAUGGACCAGUUUCGCGAUUCAAUAGGUCAUCUGUCAUCUACGCAACAAGGAAUAUAUGUUGCGUGUAUUCUCCUUUCAUCUUCGGUUUCCUCUCUCACCAGUGGCCAUGUAUCCGACCGUAUUUCAAGGAAGUAUGGGAUUCUUCUUGGGGCCAUCAUUUCUCUCAUGGGAACCAUCAUUUCAGCUUGUUCUCCAAAUUUCGCCAGUCUGAUUGUGGCCCGUUUGAUUACCGGGGUUGGUAUGGGCCAAGCCAUUUCGGUGACCACCGUGUACCUGGUGGAGAUUGCGCCUGCGAGCAUUCGUGGAGUCACAGCUUGCUUCUUGCAGCUGUAUGUUGUUUUCGGUAUCAUGACCGGGUAUUUUAUCGCCUUCGGAUCUCAUAACAUCCCAGGAAGCCUGUCUUGGAGGCUGCCAUUUGUUAUCCAAGCUAUUGUUGCCGUGGUUCUUCUUGUAGGUAUCAUUUUCGUGCCAUUUUCCCCCCGAUGGUUGGUUCAGGUCGGCCGCAUUGGUGAUGCACACCGGGUGUUGAGUAAAGUACGACCACUAUCCGCCGUGGAGGGGGAGCUGCAUGAGAUCCAGCAAAGUAUGGACCCCGAAAAACUGCAAGCGACUGCAAGCUUCAAGGAGAUCUUCAAUCACAAAUACAGGAGUCGAACAGCCUUAGGGAUCUUUUUGAUGUCAUUCCAGCAAUUAACUGGCAUUGAUGUUGUCCUCUAUUAUGCCCCGAUUCUUUUCCAACAGGCUGGUUUCACGUCCCAAAGAGCUUCAUUUCUUUCUUCUGGCAUUACUGGAAUUGUAAUGCUGCUAUGCACGAUCCCAGCUCAAAUUUGGGUUGACCGAUGGGGCCGUCGAAUGCCUUUAAUCAUUGGAGGAACAGCAAUGGCAGCAUGCUUUAUCAUUAUCGGGUCCCUCUACGCCAAGUAUGGGUAUACUACAGCGGAUGAAGUGAUCCUCGCUUCCGACUCUGCCCAGUGGGCAGUGAUCAUCUUAAUCUAUAUCUUUGUCGCAAACUUUUCCUGGUCUUGGGCUGUGGUUGGUAAGAUCUACGCCUCGGAAAUUAUUCCAACCAGGUUGCGCGCGAAAGUGUGUGCAGUUGAGCUGCUAGCCAAUUGGAUUGUGAACUUCAUUGUAACUCUCACAGCACCUCUCUUCCUACAUUCUUCUCCGAGUGGGCCGUAUUUCCUGUAUGGAUUCUCGACGGUGGUAGCCGUGGGGGUCUGCGUUUUGAUGCCGGAAACAAAGGGUCACAGCCUUGAACAUAUUGAGAACAUAUUUGAGUCCCGAGGCAGCCAAUGA